AUGUCGGACACUGAUGAUCCCGCCAACAAUGACAUCUGCGCGAAGCCAUCAUGCAUCGGACUGAGACAUACAGUCACAGCGCAGGCUGAGCUAAUCAAUUUCCUCAACAGCCGUAUUGAUGACCUGAACCGUGAGCUCAUCGAGACGAAAAUACCUGUUCCGCGCGCCCAUACCAGGUCCUGGUUUUACCAUCUCUUGAUUGGCGAAAUGCCUUACAACGAGGUGUGGAGACUCAGCCAGAUGGAGGAGAACAUGUCUGCCUCUAUCAAGAUUGCUCAUCCCGACAUUGUCUUCGUGGAGGGCCCCUUGGCGGCUCCUUUCGGCCUGAACCUUGGCGGUUUUCAGAUCCAGCACCCAGAGAAUGCUCUUCCCUCGCCCGUCUCGGAUAUCGAGGCUCUCAGCCCCAUUGGACUGAACGACCUGCCUCCAGAUUGUCUCGCUAGAAUCUUUGAGAUGGCGCUUUUCAAAGAAGGGAAGCUUGUGCACUGCAAUUCCCGUCUCGAUCCUUACAACCCGCCCCGUCGGGAAGAUAUGCCACUGGCCGAUGAUGCGUUCUAG